AUUUGUUUAAAAACUUUGUAUUUUAGUGAUUCCAUUGUACUAUAUUUACACAUUACGGAUUCUUUAAAAAAUAUAUGAUAUUAUCGGUUAAUUUCCUUUAUGCAUUUAUUUUAAUUUACAAAAAAGAUGUUUUCAAUGCUUUAAUCAUUUUAAUAUAUCCUAUCGCAUCCGUAUGUUUGUUUAAAUCAAAUAUUUCAUCAUUUGUAACAAACCGCUUUACACAUAAUUUACUAAAUCGGAACAUAAAUAAUAAAACAACUUCAAACAGCUGUAAUAACUAUUCAAUAUCAAUAGGCGCUGGAAAAAAUGACUUUAAGGAGUUUAAAAUUUACUCUCGGGAUAACAGAAACCCAUACUAUCCCGAGGAAAGGUUCUAUAAAAUGAUCACCGAUAAGUAUUCAGAAGUAGACCAACUCAUAGAACAACAUAAAGACCAAAAUGACAAACUUCAGUUGAGGCUGAAUUAUUUGCAAUGUACAUCAAAUUUGAAGCUUUCCGAUAUGCUUAGGAGAAAUAGUAACAAUACACACCACAAACUAUGUGUAAUUGCUGAUAUGAAGAGAAGAACUCCAACACAUAACCCAAAGUGUGAUAAUAACGUACUUUCCUACACCGACGCGGGUGAAGUGGCCAUGAAUAUGGCCUCAGUGGGGUUUGACGUAAUAUUUGUAAAUGUUGACCAGAUUAACUACGGUGGCCAUAUCAACGACCUGAAUAAAGUUUUCUUAAACUUGAGAAAGCUAGGCAGAACAAAGAGACCGGCAAUAGUCAUGAAAGAUAUCAUUCUACAUCCAAUCCAAAUAGCACAAGCUGUGGAAAUGAGAGCGGACGGAGUUAUUUUGAAUGCAGCAAUACUCGGGAAUGCCUUGCAAGAUUUACUAACCGCAUGUGUGACCAUGGGAAUUGAGGCAAUAGUUGAAGUUCAUACCACAGCCGAUGCGCUCAGAUCAGCAGAUAUAGGGUUUAAUCACUUCAUGAUAAAUCAAUGGGAUAGAAUAAAAAAUAAACUAUACCCAACAAGAGCAUUAGAAAUCAAGGAAGCGUUACCAGAUAAUGCUAUAACAAUUGCAGCGGGCGGUAUAAUGACGAUGGAGCAAGUACAUAUGUUAGCGCUCGCGGGCAUAGACGGCGUUUGUUUCGGAAGAAGACUUGUAUGCCCGGACGUACCAGAUUUCAUUAACCAAGUGAAGAGUUGGAAAGGACCCUCAAAACCUAUUCUGAAACUAAGUAAGGAGAAGUUUUUUUCAACGACAUCCAUUGAUACAACAAAUGAAGAUAAACAAACGCCCAACGAUGGUAGUAAAUUUAACAUAAAACUGAGAGAUAAUCACCUGGCAUUACUCAAUGAAAUGAACUACUUUUACUUCGGAAUGGGUAACGAAGUUAAAAUUUCAGACGAAAUUAAAGAAAUUAAUAAAAUUCCAGAGUACAAAAUAGAUUAUGAGAAGGAGCUGACAGAUGAUCAGAAGGCAAGAGAAGUUACUAUCAAUAUAGGAACACCAACAUCGGAGAAUUCUACACAACGAGUGACUGAUUUAACCAGGACUAUUGAGGGCCAAGAUGAAAACUUUGACUUUAACAUACAUGAACAUAACCGAAGGAUGGAAAUGUUCAUGUUAAAAUGGUUUGUGGAGAAGAAGAAAUGGAUAAAAGAAAACAUUAAGAGUUAUGAAAACGAAGAGGAAGCUUCAAGAGCGUAUGACCUUAAGAAGGCAAUUGAAAUGUAUAACCAUUUUAGAUAUGUAACAAGGCCAGCAAUGGAAGGAGUUUUAACAAAAGAAGAAAUGCUUGAAACUGAACAAAAAUUAUUGGAAAAUAUCAAGCGUAUGUAUGAAUCAGCUCCAAAGGAAAAUGGGAAAGUGAAACUAAAUUUUGAUAAUAUCACAACACCGAAUUAA